GCUUUAGGAUACUGCUUCAGGAAGAUGUGCUUUUUAUGCUUGAAUUAAAAAAACGACCAUACGGCAUAUCCUAAGAUGUUUUUUUUCUGACCUUAAAAACCAACAAAAACAACACGUUUUUAGAAUCUGGAGUAUUGUCACCUGUAGACGAAAUUAUGAAUUUUUGGGCCACUGUCUUUGUCUUGUAUGCAGUAUGGCCCAGCGCUUUGUCUGUGACACGGUACACCAUAGAGGAGGAGAUGGAAAGGGGCUCUGUUGUGGCUAAUCUUGCUGCGGAUUUGGGACUUGAGCCUGGAGGUUUGGCCCAACGAGAGGUAAAACUUGACAUUUUCCAUAACAAAAAAUAUCUAGAUGUCAAUAAAAAGACAGGAGAGUUGUAUAUUGUGGAAAAGAUGGACAGGGAAUAUCUUUGUCCGACAAAAACCACCUCCUGUUUUCUAAAGCUUGAUGUUAUAAUAGAAAGCCCUUUACGUAUCUUCAACAUUGAACUUGGAAUAACGGACAUAAAUGAUAACGCUCCACAUUUUCGACGAGACAGAGUGGAGCUCGACGUUUCAGAAUCGGCAACACCGGGAGAGAGAUUCUCCCUGCCUAAUGGAGUGGAUCCAGAUGUUGGGAUAAAUACAAUUAAAACAUACAGACUUAGUGUAAGUGAAAAUUUCAACAUUGAAAUUCAGACAGGCAGUGAUGGAACUCAAUAUGUAGAUUUGGUGUUGACUAAAUCUUUAGACAGAGAGGAGAAUGCUGUUCAUAAUUUAGUACUGACUGCUGUGGACGGCGGGGUUCCUGUGCGCUCCGGCACAGCCAAUAUUGAUGUUAGAGUACAAGAUACAAACGAUAAUCCUCCUCGGUUUGACAAGCAGACCUACACAAUUAAUAUGACAGAAAAUUCCCCGAUGGGGACCUUAGUGAUGAAGCUUAACGCUACAGAUCGCGACGAGGGUCCAAAUUCGGAGAUAGUGUACUCAUUCACCCUUUACACGUCGGAAAAAACACAAGACGUGUUUGCAUUGAAUCCUAACACAGGGGAGAUAAGUGUGAAGGGUACUAUUGAUUAUGAAGACAUGAAAUUGUAUGAGAUGCACAUUGAGGCCAGAGACAAAGGGACGCAUCCCUUGCUGGGGCAGUGUAAAGUAGUCGUCCACGUGGAGGAUAUGAAUGACAAUUAUCCGGAAAUUACCAUAGAAUUGGUAAAAACCACAGUGGAGGAGAACAUCCAAGUAGGAAGCGUCAUUGCUCUAGUAGGCAUAAGUGACAGAGACACUGGAGAUAAUGGCAAAGUAAGCCUAUCCAUAAAUCAGCUUAUGCACUUUAUUCUAAACAAAUCAUCAGAUAGACCCUUCCAUUACAAGCUUAUAGUGUCUGAACCCUUGGACCGUGAAUCAGUACCUGAAUAUGAAAUCACACUGAUUGUUUCAGAUGCCGGCACGCCGCCUUUAUCUGAUAACGAAACAAUAACUGUGCAUCUAUUAGAUGUGAAUGACAACGCGCCACAGUUCCCUCAGUCAUUUUAUACUAUACGUGUAAUGGAGAAUAACGCACCUGGGGCCUUGCUCAGUUCUCUCACUGCGUUUGACCCUGACCUCCAUGAAAACCAGUAUCUAGUUUAUUUCAUCCUAGAGAAGGAGAUAGCCAACACCUCCAUGUCCAUGCUGUUCUCCAUCAAUCCAGAGAACGGUAAUCUUUACGCACUAAAAACCUUUGACUAUGAGAUCGAGAAGGAGUUUCUUUUCCACAUCGAGGCCAGAGACUCUGGCUCUCCUCCACUCAGCAGCAACGUGACGGUCCACAUCAUCAUUGUGGACCAGAACGACAACGCUCCGAUUAUUGUCUCUCCGUGGCGCGCCCACGGCUCUGUGGUGGAGGAAAAGAUCCCCAGAUCCACCGAUAAAGGCUCACUCGUUGCCAAGGUCAUAGCCUUAGACACCGACUCGGUGCACAACUCUCGGAUAACCUACCAGUUUCUCCAGGUGACUGACGCCACCUUGUUCAGUCUGGACCAGUACAACGGAGAAAUCCGGACAAUGAGGAUGUUCAGCUACAGAGACCCGCGCCACCAGCGACUGGUUGUUGUUGCCAAGGACAACGGGGAGCCUGCUCUCUCUGCUACAGUCACCAUCAAGCUGUCCACAGUGGAGACUGUCGUUAAGGCCCACUCGGACAUGACUGAGGUGCCUCUGGAAUACGACAUCUUUUCAGACCUAAACCUGUAUUUGGUCAUCGGUCUGGGCUCGGUGUCGUUUCUCCUGCUGAUCACCAUAUUGGUCACCAUCGUGCUCAAGUGUCAGAAACCCAAGCCCAGCAAAGCGGCUCCUCCCUGCAGGAACAGUGUGAUCAGUGAGAGGAACUCCACCAUCGCAGAUUCCACUCUGGUCUCCAACGAUGCCUACUGGUAUAGUCUGUUCCUAGCAGAGACCCGGAAAGGAAAGCUGGUGGUUAGACAGCCUGUGCCAAAGGGCUCCAGAUACAUCGUGUCCAGUUUACCAAGAGGCACAGGUCUGACAGACACCAGUGACUCAGCAGCUUCUACCCUACAGGUGAGACUCGUUUGUUGAUCCAACACCUGUACA